GCACGGCUGUAAGAAAGAAGAGACGAUGUCGUUAGGUGGACUCAAAUAGCCAAUAAUUUUCUUUCCAGAAAUAAUUGAGUUGGAAAAUUUCGUUGGGCUUGCUCUUCUUUCUCAGGCUCUCUGUGCAACAUCCAUGGAGUCGAAAGUUUCGACAAAAAUAGCUAAGACCUCUCUUCAGAGCCCGAAACCUAAAGAAAGAGACCUCUUGCACCACCUCGAAGCCUACCUCGCCAAGCGAGAUGGCGUGGACAAGCUUCUCAAGAUUUCCAGGUACGCCACCAAGAUCAUCCUCGCCUCCUCGGUACUCCCCGAAACCCUUACCCUAACCGGCAGACUGAAGAGCUUCGAGACCAGCGUGGGGCUCAGUCGGAAGGCUUUCCGGCUCGGCAAGUUCGUCCAGGACCUGAACGCUCUGAGGAACUCCCAUUUCGAUUCGAAACAAGAACUCGUCCUCUCCAUCAUCGCCAAUGGGGGCGAGGGCCUGUACUACUUUGUCGAGCAGUUUAUUUGGCUUUCCAAAUCGGGUCUGAUCGAUAGCAAAUACUCGCGUAAUUUGCAGAAAAUCAGUGCCUGGGCCGAGUUUAUCGGCUAUAUGGGUAGUCUCUCGUUGAAAUUUAUGGAUUUAAAGCGGAUUAAGGAAGAUGAGUUGUGUUUGGAAUCGACUAUUGAGAUUGCGGUUACGAGGGGAAAUGGGUGUCUCGAAGAGGAGCAGAGGUUGAGGAAAUUGAGAGAGAAGAAGCUGAUGAAGAAGCUCUCUAUUGUUCAAGAUUUCGCUGAUGGACUAAUGGCGUUGGCAGAUAUUCGUGACGGGAAGGGGCGGCUUUCGGCUCCGCUUUUUGUUUCAUGUGCGGGGCUGUUAUCGGCGCUGAUUAGCACUCAUAAGAACUGGGUGUCUUGCUGAGUUUGGUGGCCUUUUUCGCAAGGAUUGGUAAUCCGCAGAUUGGGUGAGACAGAAAGAUAACUCUGUAAGAGAGACAAAUGUGAGCACCAUGAAGGUUACCCGGUUCUUUUACACAGUUCUUUCAUGAAUAAAACUAUUCAGGGAUAGUUGAUCAAUAUGAUUCGAUUUAUUUUA